AUGAGCGCCAUUCUGUCCGUUGACGACCUCAACGAUUUCAUCAGUCCCGGCGUCGCCUGCAUCAAACCCAUCGAGACUCUACCCGCUGCCGCCCCGACCGACCCCUCGCUCGAGCACGAAGUCAUCCUCGACGGCCAACAGAAUGGCUCCUCUUCGGCGGCCGCGGGACCAGCGCAAAUAUCUCUGACCGACUGUCUCGCCUGUUCCGGCUGCGUCACGUCCGCCGAGGCUGUGCUGGUCAGCCUACAGAGCCACUCGGAGCUGCUGAGUGUCCUGGACUCGGCGCCUGCGCUGCAGGUUGUUCGCGACGAAUCCACCGGCCGGUUCUCCGUAGAAGGAUUAGAAGACCCGGCGCGUCGGCUAUUCAUUGCGAGCGUUUCGCCACAGACAAGGGCAAGCCUUGCGGCCGCUAUCGGCCCCGGGGUGACGGAGCGGCAGGCUGGGCGCAUGCUCGACAGACUUCUGAUGGGCCCAGAAGGUCUUUCGGCCGGUGGAAAGUGGGGGAACAAGUUCGCUUGGGUUGUUGACACAAAUGCAGCGAGGGAAGCUUGCCUUGUUCUCGGUUCGGACGAGGUGCUGGACGCUGCUUCAUCCACUGCACCCAAGAAACCAAUACUGACAUCCUCAUGUCCCGGUUGGGUCUGCUAUGCCGAAAAGACACACCCCUACGUGCUUCCGCAUCUGUCGCGCGUCAAGUCUCCACAAGCCUUGGUGGGAACUUUACUAAAGACGACGCUGAGCCGCACUCUUGGGAUCCCCGCUGAUCGUAUAUGGCAUCUCGCUCUCAUGCCGUGCUUCGACAAGAAACUCGAAGCAAGUCGCGAGGAGCUUACGGACUCGGUCUGGGCGGGAGACGGCAAUCCCGGUAGGGGCACACGUGAUGUCGACUGCGUCAUUACCAGCAAGGAGGUAUUUAUGCUCACCGAAUCCCGUGGAAUCGACUUUUUCAACCUUCCCAUGUCACCUCCAUUGAAGCAACAGCAGUUUCCUGACGAUAAAAUCCACCACUUCCUCUUCCCGCCCCGGCAAAGACACAGGCCUUCCCGUGCUGCCGGAACGUCGGGCGGGAAUCUUCAUUUCAUUCUGCAAGAUGUAAUCGCGAGGAAUUCUGGCUCUCGCCUCGAGACGACGCGAGGCAGGAACGUUGAUGUUGUCGAAUAUACUGUGCAUGCCGCCGGGUCGAAUGAAAUCAUCUUCAAGGCCGCCAGGUAUUACGGCUUCCGCAACAUUCAGAACCUCGUGCGCAAACUCAAGCCUGCCAAGCCGUCACGCAUGCCCGGCGGCAAGCCCUUCGGCAGCGCAAGACGAGUGCCGACGGGUAGGGCAGGCGCUGCUGCUGCUGUGACAGUAGAGAAUACCUACGUCGAGGUGAUGGCUUGCCCUGGUGGCUGUACCAACGGUGGUGGCCAGGUCAAGGCAGACGACCAGAUCAUUAUCGAUCGAAGGGGUUAUGCCACCAAGCCUGGGCCGCAAGAGCAAAAGGAGCUGCUCAAGGAUGUGGACGAGGCGUAUUUCUCGGGCGAGAGCUCGGAUUCUGAGCAAGAAGACUCUGCAUACGGCGGCUUAGACGGGUACCACAACGGCGAACCCGUCCUCACUGAUCUCGUCGAUGGGAUUAGUCCUUCAUACAUCCGGGAUGUGCUGGCGCAUUGGGCUACCCUAUCAGGGAUAAGUCAGGAUGUCCUAGUGUACACCAGCUUCCGGGAGGUUAUCAGUGACGUUGGCAAAGGCGGGAAUGCCUUGACCGACAGUGAAAGAGUAGUGCAGCUUGCUGGGAAGAUUGGCGGUGGCUGGUGA